AUGCCUGAGUCCGUGGAGCGUGAAGGACAUGAACAUCCGCUAACGUUGCUUUACUGUUCUCUUUAUACAAAUGAAGAGGUAAAGACAAAGAGAGAAAGAGGAAAGGCGAGUACAAGUGGGAAUAAAAGAGGAGGAAGAGGCUCAGCUGCUUCGGAGUUAGCUGCAAUGUUGGAAGCUCAAAGGGAGAUGGAGAGGAUGCAGAUUGAGUUACAUAUGGAGAUGCAGAGAGCUAAGAUUGCAAAGAAAGCGAGAAAAGCUUGUCUCAAGUUGAUCUAA